AUGCCUUCUUUGAGCGGGGGCCCAGAGGUCAGGCAGUGUCUGCUGCUCUUGCUUCCUUUCCUCGCAGCUUGGGAAGCUGGGAGCGGCCAGCUUCAUUACUCCAUCCCAGAGGAGGCCAAACACGGCACCUUCGUGGGCCGCAUCGCGCAGGACCUGGGGCUGGAGCUGGCGGAGCUGGUGCCCCGCCUGUUCAGGGUGGCGUCCAAGGACCGCGGGGACCUUCUGGAGGUAAAUCUGCAGAAUGGCAUUUUGUUUGUGAAUUCUCGGAUCGACCGGGAAGCGCUGUGUGGGCAGAGCGCGGAGUGUAGCAUCCACCUGGAGGUGAUCGUGGACCGGCCGCUGCAGGUUUUCCACGUGGAGGUGGAGGUGAGGGACAUUAACGACAACCCGCCGCUAUUUCCAAUGACAGAAAAAACUAUCCAGUUUCACGAAUCUAGGCUGCUUGACUCAAGGUUUCCUUUAGAAGGAGCAUCUGAUGCAGAUAUCGGAGUAAAUGCUCUUCUGACCUACAAGCUCAGCCCCAGCGAGUUUUUCUUUCUAGAUGUACAAACAAGCGACGACCUAAGCCAAUCUCUGUUUCUUGUGCUGGAAAAAUCUCUGGACAGGGAGGAGAAUGCGGAGGUGAAAUUGUUACUGGCAGCUACUGACGGAGGCAAGCCUGAACUCACGGGCACUGUUCAAAUACUCAUUAAGGUAUUAGAUGUGAAUGACAACGAACCUACUUUUUCCCAAUCAGUUUACAAAGUACAAUUGUUAGAGAACACUGCAAACGGAACCUUAGUGAUAAAACUAAAUGCUUCCGAUGCAGAUGAAGGAUCAAAUAGCGAGAUUGUGUAUUCACUUAGUAGUGAUGUAUCUUCCACCACACGGACAAAGUUUCAAAUAAAUUCCACCUCAGGAGAAAUCAGAACUAAGGGAGAAUUAGAUUAUGAAGAAAGGACAUCCUAUGACAUCCACAUCAUUGCAUCUGACAAGGGAAGUCCAUCGAUGUCAGGACACUGUAAAAUUUCAGUAAAACUUGUGGACAUCAAUGACAAUACGCCAGAAAUCUCAAUAACGUCUCUCUCACUACCUGUCCAAGAGAAUGCUCCAUUGGGUGCUGUCAUCGCCCUCAUCUCAGUGUCAGAUCGUGACUCGGGAAUCAACGGGCAGGUGACCUGCUCUCUCAGUCCUCACCUCCCCUUCAAGCUGGUGUCCACUUUCAAGAAUUACUAUUCUCUCGUGCUGGACAGCGCCCUGGACCGCGAAACUACAGCCGACUAUAAGGUAGUGGUGACAGCGCGGGAUGGGAGCUCGCCCGCACUGCGGGCCACAGCCAGCAUUUCUGUGGAGGUGGCUGACGUGAACGACAAUGCUCCUGUGUUCGCGCAGCCUGAAUACACGGUGUUCGUGAAGGAGAACAAUCCACCAGGAGCGCACAUCUUUACGGUAUCAGCAGUAGAUGCCGAUGCGCAGGAGAAUGCGUUGGUGUCCUACUCCCUGGUGGAGCGGAGGGUGGGUGAGCGCUUGGUGUCAAGCUAUGUGUCUGUGCACGCGGAGAGUGGCAAGGUGUUCGCGUUGCAGCCUCUGGAUCAUGAGGAGCUGGAGCUGCUGCAGUUCCAGGUGAGCGCGCGAGAUGCUGGUGUGCCUGCCCUGGGCAGCAAUGUGACUCUGCAGGUGUUUGUGCUGGAUGAGAACGACAAUACACCAGUGCUGUUGCCUCAUGGAGCUGUGGGAGUUGGCGGUUCAGUGAGUGAGCUUGUGCCUAGGUCAGUGGGUUCGGGCCAUGUGGUCACCAAGGUGCGUGCAGUAGAUGCGGACUCUGGUUACAACGCGUGGCUCUCAUAUGAACUGCAACCCACAGUGGGCAUGCGUAGCCUGUUCCGCGUGGGUCUGUAUACGGGCGAGAUCAGCACCACGCGAGUCCUAGAUGAAGUGGAUGCGCCACGCCAGCGCCUGCUGGUGUUGGUGAAGGACCAUGGUGAGCCUGCGCUGACUGCCACAGCCACAGUGUUAGUUUCUCUAGUUGAGAAUAGCCAAGCUCCAAAAACUUCAUCAAGAGCGUUGGUAGAUGCUGCUGGCCAAGAGGCGUCUCUGGUGACUGUUAAUGUGUAUCUGAUCAUUGCCAUCUGCGCGGUGUCCAGCCUGUUGGUGCUCACGCUGCUGUUGUACACAGCGCUGCGCUGCUCGACAACGCCCACCAGUGGAGCCUGUGCUCCGGGGAAGCCCAUGCUGGUGUGCUCUAGCGCGGCGGGGAGCUGGUCAUACUCACAGCAAAGGCGGCAAAGGGUGUGCUCUGGAGAAGGCCCACCUAAAACCGACCUCAUGGCAUUCAGCCCCAGCCUAUCCCAAGGUCCGGAAUCAUCAGAAGAGAGACAACCACCCUUAGAGGCUGAACACUUAGGAAAGACCUAA